GAAGGCUUUAAAAGAGCCGUUUCUGGUUUUGGGGGUUAGUUACAACAGCACCAUGGUGUCGGAAAAACAACCAGUUCUUGGGGUUGCUCUUUUUCUAAUUGCCCUCAUUUCCCAUGGUGAGGGUAUAAUCGGUGGCAGAGAGGCAGCGCCACACUCUCGACCCUACAUGGCCUCCAUCCAGGUACCACAGGGCAACUCGCUGAAGCAUGAAUGUGGGGGAUUUGUGGUUGCAGAUCAGUGGGUGAUGACUGCAGUACACUGUAUGCCGAACGGUGCAAAUGGAAGGAAGGUGGUGCUGGGCGUCCACUCGCUGAGUGAAGCUGAAGAUACAAAGCAAACCUUUGACAUCAUGGAACUACACAACCAUCCCGACUUCAGCAUAGAAAAUUAUGAUAAUGACAUUGCUCUAAUCAAGUUGGACCGACCAUUCAACGCCUCUGAUGCCGUCAGGGCCGUUGAACUGCUGCGAGCGGGAGGCACAAACCCCGACACGGGCGCGGCGGUGGAGACGGCUGGCUGGGGGUCGCUGGACAACCUGGGGUCAAGGCCGGACAAACUCAAAGAGGUGGUGAUCGAAGUGAUCAACCGGGUUAAAUGCAAACGCACCGACUACUUCGGCAGAAAGUUCACCAACAACAUGAUAUGUGCCCACAAAGUCUGCCGAGAGGACUGUGUUUAUGGAAUGGAAGACAGCUGUGAUGGCGACUCUGGUGGUCCUCUGCUUUACAACGGCGUCGCCGUUGGCAUCACCUCCAAUGGAGGGAAAAAGUGCGGCCAAAUUAAAAAGCCCGGAGUUUACACCAUCAUCUCCCACUUCACCGAGUGGAUAGACAACACCAUGGGCACUCAGCCGGCUGCAGCUCCACAGGAAGCAAGUUAGAGUUCACACGAAGCAACAGUGUUGGACCACGAGGUUAUGACUUCUGACUCUAGCACUGUGAACAUACUGCAAACAUGUAUAAUCUCAUUAAUUUCACCCGUGUAUCUCACCUUUUUUUUUUUUUUAAAACAAAGAAUAAAGUUUUGUCACCGUUUCAUGUUUGUUCCAAACAUA